GAGAAGGCGCCUCAGCCUUGUUGAGGGGAGCGCGCGCCUUGGUGGCCGCCUGAGGCGACGAGGAGAGAGAUGCCCGCCGUUCAGAGGACCGUGUCGGAGCUGCGGUCCAGGGUGGAGGGUUAUGAGAAGACAGAUGAUGUUUCAGAAAAAACCUCAUUAGCUGAUCAAGAGGAAGUGAGAACUAUAUUCAUCAAUCAACCACAAUUCUCUAAGUUCUGUAGCAAUCAUGUCAGCACUGCAAAAUACAACAUUAUCACAUUCCUGCCUAGGUUCCUUUAUUCCCAGUUCAGGAGAGCUGCUAAUGCCUUUUUUCUUUUCAUUGCAUUGCUUCAGCAAAUUCCAGAUGUUUCCCCAACAGGACGGUAUACAACAUUGGUUCCUCUCUUAUUUAUUUUAGUUGUAGCAGCAGUCAAAGAAAUAAUAGAAGAUAUCGUAGAUGUUGGAGAUGUAGUUUUAAUAAAAGGCAAAGAAUAUAUACCUGCUGACAUUGUACUUCUCUCAUCAAGUGAGCCGCAAGCUAUGUGCUACAUUGAAACAUCAAAUUUAGAUGGCGAAACUAAUUUAAAAAUACGACAGGGCUUACCACUGACCGCUGAUAUAAGGGACAUUGACAACUUGGUGAGACUUUCAGGCAAAAUUGAAUGUGAGAGUCCUAAUAGACAUCUCUAUGACUUUGUUGGAAAUAUUAGACUAGACAGCCAUGGGACUGUCCCACUGGGGCCUGACCAGAUUCUCCUGCGUGGUGCUCAACUCAGAAAUACACAGUGGGUUCAUGGAAUCGUUGUUUAUACAGGACAUGAUACAAAACUUAUGCAGAACUCAACAAGCCCACCUCUUAAGCUGUCUAAUGUGGAAAGAAUUACAAAUAUACAAAUUCUGUUUUUGUUCUGCAUUCUUAUUGCCAUGUCUCUAGUUUGUUCCAUUGGUGCAGCUAUAUGGAAUCAAAAGCACGAAGGAAAAGACUGGUACAUCAACCUAACCUAUGGCGGAGCUAAUAAUUUUGGACUUAAUUUCCUGACAUUUAUCAUUCUCUUCAAUAAUCUAAUUCCGAUCAGCCUGUUAGUUACACUGGAAGUUGUUAAAUUUAUUCAAGCAUACUUUAUAAAUUGGGAUAUUGACAUGCAUUAUGAACUUACAGACACUGCUGCCAUGGCACGUACGUCCAAUCUUAAUGAAGAACUUGGCCAGGUCAAAUACAUCUUUUCAGACAAAACAGGUACCUUGACGUGCAACGUUAUGCAAUUUAAGAAGUGCACUAUAGCAGGAAUAUCUUACGGCCAUUCUCCUGAGACGGAUGAUUUCGGCUGUACUUCGGAUGAGUGCCAGAGUCCACAAACAAGGGAAGAAAAAACAUUUAGCGACUCAUCAUUACUGGAAAAUCUGCAAAGCAAACAUCCAACAGCACCUAUAAUUUGUGAGUUUUUGACAAUGAUGGCCAUUUGUCACACAGCUGUCCCAGAAAGGGAGGAUGACAGAAUAGUUUACCAAGCGGCAUCUCCAGAUGAAGGAGCAUUAGUUAGAGCAGCUAAGCAACUCCGUUUUGUUUUUACUGGAAGAACACCAGACUCUGUCAUUAUAGAAUCUCUGGGUCAAGAAGAAAGAUACGAAUUGCUAAACGUGUUAGAAUUUACAAGUUCUAGAAAAAGAAUGUCUGUGAUUGUGCGCACGCCAUCCGGGAAAUUGAGACUCUACUGCAAAGGAGCUGACACGGUAAUUUAUGAUCGUCUGGCUGAAAAUUCAAAAUACAAAGAAAUUACCUUGAAACAUUUAGAGCUAUUUGCUACUGAAGGUCUGAGGACCCUCUGCUUUGCUGUGGCUGAGAUUACAGAGAGUGAUUAUCAGGAGUGGCUGAAUGUCUAUCAAAAAGCUACAACUUCUAUUCAAAACAGAGCUCUGAAACUUGAAGAGAGUUAUGAACUAAUUGAAAAAAAUCUCCAGUUACUUGGAGCUACAGCCAUAGAAGAUAAGCUACAAGACGAAGUGCCUGAAACCAUCGAAACACUCAUGAAAGCAGAUAUCAAAAUUUGGAUUCUUACUGGAGACAAGCAAGAGACAGCUAUUAACAUUGGACAUUCAUGUAAACUCUUGAAAAAGAACAUGGGGCUGAUUGUUAUAAAUGAAGGCUCCCUUGAUGCAACAAGAGAGACCUUAACCCAUCACUGCGGCACUCUGGGUGAGGCUUUGAGGAAGGAAAAUGAUUUUGCACUAAUCAUUGACGGCAAAACAUUAAAAUACGCUUUGACGUUUGGUGUCAGGCAGUAUUUCUUGGAUUUGGCUCUGUCCUGCAAAGCCGUCAUUUGUUGCAGAGUUUCGCCUCUGCAGAAAUCUGAUAUUGUAGAAAUGGUUAAAAAACAGGUAAAGGUCGUGACUUUGGCCAUUGGGGAUGGAGCGAAUGAUGUCAGCAUGAUACAAACGGCACACGUAGGUGUUGGCAUUAGUGGAAACGAAGGCCUCCAAGCUGCUAAUUCUUCAGAUUAUUCAAUAGCUCAGUUCAAGUACUUGAAGAACUUACUUCUGGUCCAUGGUGCCUGGAAUUACAGUAGAAUUGCUAAAUGCAUUUUGUACUGCUUCUACAAGAACAUUGUCCUUUAUAUUAUUGAGAUAUGGUUUGCAUUUGUUAAUGGAUUUUCUGGACAGAUACUGUUUGAAAGAUGGUGCAUAGGACUUUAUAAUGUGAUGUUUACGGCUAUGCCUCCAUUGACGCUUGGAAUAUUUGAGAGAUCCUGCCAGAAAGAAAAUAUGCUAAAAUACCCUGAAUUAUACAAGACAUCCCAAAACGCUCUGGAUUUCAAUUCAAAGGUUUUCUGGCUCCAUUGUUUAAAUGGUCUCUUUCAUUCAGUAAUUCUAUUUUGGUUUCCCCUAAAAGCCAUCCAGAAUGAUGCUGUGUUUGCCAGCGGUAGAACCUCAGACUACUUGCUUUUGGGAAACGCCGUAUAUACAUUUGUGGUCAUAACUGUGUGCUUAAAAGCUGGAUUGGAGACUUCAUAUUGGACUUUGUUUAGUCAUAUAGCUAUAUGGGGCAGUAUUGUGCUCUGGAUAGUAUUUUUUGGCAUCUACUCCUCUUUAUGGCCAGUAAUUCCUAUGGCACCGGACAUGUCAGGGGAGGCCGUGAUGUUGUUCAGCUCCGGAGUCUUCUGGAUGGGCUUAUUUAGUAUUCCAAUGACAGCACUGAUAUUUGAUGUAGUAUAUAAAGUAGUGAAGAGGGCAGCAUUUAAGACCUUAGUAGAUGAAGUUCAGGAGUUGGAAGCAAAAUCACAAGAUCCAGGAGCUGUUCUGCAGGGAAAAAGCUUAACUGAAAGAGCUCAGCUAUUGAAAAACGUCUUUAAGAAAAACCACGUCAACAUGUACCGCUCUGAAUCUUUGCAACAAAAUUUGCUUCACGGAUACGCUUUCUCGCAAGACGAAAACGGAAUCGUGUCACAGUCGGAAGUAAUACGAGCCUACGACACGACGAAGCAGAGAUCCGACGAGUGGUGAAGGGAGAAGGCCCGAAGUCGCAAGAGUUCCGAUGUUUGCCAUAUCCAGCCAACUUAAUGCAUAUUUCCUGCGUCCGCAAACACAGUUGAGUAACAAGAUUUAGGGGCAGUUGUAGGUCGUUCACUCUUGUUUCUUGACGUCCGCGCGUAUUGAGUAGACAUAAGCACUGUGCAACUACACUCUUAACACGCCAUCCCUCGAAAUUUUUCAAAGGGGACUUAGAUUUUGUAAACAGAUGCUGAGAAUUAACCUGCAGCCUUUUGAAACAGCUAAUUUACCGCAAAGAUAAGUACCGCUCCUGCCUCUAGGGAGGGAGAUAAAAAUAAAUAUUCAAUAUUGUGAACCACCCGGUUGCUCAGCAUAUGCUAUUCAUUGAGGAGCAGAGCCUUUGCCAAGGUGGGAUACGUGGUGAAAUUUAAAUAUAAGGAGCCUUUGAUUUCCACAAGUGCUAAAGAACCAUUUUGAUUACCUUAAUUCAUGUGACGAAGAAAGGCCGCAAAGCAAGACACUAAGAAGGAAUUGGGUGAAAUGAGUUUGUUUGCCAAAGAAAUUCCACAUGUCUCCUCCAUUUGUAGAACCUAAGCGGUAGUGAUAGGUGUCCAACUUCAGAGUUGCAUGUUUGAUACUCUGUACUUGAAAAGUUUUACAAUAAUAUGAAAACUGAUAGGAUUUGGUUUGGAUGCGUUUAAUUUCAGAUCUGUGGUUCCUUUCACCUUUGGCCUUACGGAAGCCUUUCUUUUUGCGUCCAUGCUCUCUCUCACAGAAUGUGUACAUUCAACACAGCAUUUCAUUUAUUUUCCUCUUGUCAGGAGUGUGUGUUUGUGUGUGUCUUUGAGACUUGUUACCUGCUUAAAGAGUCCCGGUGUGGUGACAUUUGUGUGCGAGGCUCAGGUGUUUCUUUGCCAGCCUCCCCAUGCAUAUCAUCAAGAACUUUCAUUUUUUUUACAAAAAGCAAUGGUUGCUUGUUGGGAGUGGCAAAGAGACAAAGAUGGUGCCUUAACUAAGUUUCCUGUUUCCCAAACAGGCCCGAACACUGUCAGACAAGGAAAGAUCCCACUGUAUUAGCCACUGUUCAGGUGUAAUUCAAGACCACGAUGCAUUGCAUCCAUCCCCUAUGGUUACAGUUAUAUAGGCCCUACAAAGAAAAGCCAAUCCAGAAUUUUGUAAUAUUUACAGAAGUCAGAAACUGAUUGUCCUUAGUGGAUUGGGGUGGAAGUGUGCUUGAAAACAAGAGAUUUUAUUUACAGAGCAUUUUAUAUAUAUAAAUUAGUUUACUGUAAAAUAAUUUACCUUGUUAGUUACGAUAAUAAUCUGGGGGGGAAAAAAGGAAUCGACAUUAUCAGUUUACCACAAUGCUAUACUAUACAUUCAGUUUGCACUAUCAGAAAAAUUUAUUUGGGGUAUUUAAUAGAUUCUGUUUGUACAUUCCCAAAUUUGAUUUAAAUUAAAAGUAUGCAAAAAGUUUGAGGAUUUAAACUAACAAGGUUUGUGUACCUUUUAAAUAAAAAGAUUUUCUAGCUAGUAGUGUAAAACUUCCCUUCUCAUUAACCGAAAUGUUUUGAGUAAAUGUUUUUAAACCUUGUCAUUUUGUAAAAUCAGAAUGAGAAAGCCUAUUAAAUUGCAGUCAUUUUUCCACUAUGCGUGUUAAUAGCCAUUUCAGGUUAUCUAGAAUAUAUUUGAUGUAGACAGUUCCAUGUCUAAUUUCUGUGACAUCUGCAAUUAAUUUAACUAUAGACAAGCAGAAAAACUAGGAUAAAUUCAGUAUUUCUGGGUCAUGUUUCUAUUCUUAAGUCCAUUUUUCAAAACUACUGUGUAACAGAAACACUAUUAAAUAUUGCAUAUUCCUGAAGCAAAUUAUUUAAAAGAUAAUAAUAAUACCGUAGCAUGAUGCUUACAGUACAGUUUUUAGCAGUGUAUAUUUCAAAAACAAAAAGCGGGGGGGGGGGUGUCACAUAAUCGAGCAAAGGCUGAAUAUGUUCCCAUCGGUUGCUUUACGGUCUCAUGCGAAGGUGUCCAACCUUGGCAACGUUUUAAGAACUUGCAAACGUCAACUCCCAGAAUUCCCCAGCCAGCCGUGGGGAAUUCUGGGAGUUGAAGUCUACAAGUUUUCAAAGUUGGACACCCCUGAUUCUAAUGCAAGUUCUUACAGACUAUUGACAGAAGAGGAAUAUUUAGUUCAGCCCACAUUGGAAAGAUAUACAUAAUAUGACAUAUCAAUUUGGUCAACACCACUCCAUUCCCAACAGCAUGAAAAGACUGCCUUGCAUGCAAAUGACCUAAAACAAUGAUCUGCAUGCAAAGAUUUGUUUCUACUGCCUCUUCUCAUGUCCUCGGUGACGAAGGCAUAAAUCCCGCAUAGUAGCUGGAAUUCAGGAAACGAAAUCUUCCCAAUUGCCUAGCCUUACAAAAAUGGCAGACCACAUCCUCUGCCAGUGAUUUAUAUAUCCUUUUUUUUUUCCUUUUAAACAUGCCACCUUUCUUCAGGAUCCCAGGCUUCGUUAUAUAUAUAUAUUUCAUGCUCUCCCAUUUCCUAGCUCUCUCGGAAAACUUUUUCACACCUGCGAUGCAAUAUUUGCUUAACGGAAACUUACGUUUUGAGAGUGCGCUUUAUAAAGUGAAUGAGAGGAUUGUUUGUCCUGUGCUGUCUUUAAGAGUCUAGAAGUUUUGGAUUUCAAGACAAAUGACAUUUUCGGAUUUCUGGGAUAGCUAAAACCCAAGUAAGCUAGAACUGUUAGAACAGACCAGGAGGUACAAAGUAUAUCUAAUUUGCAAGUCUAUACUUUUCACUUGAAAGAAAAGCUUUCCAAGUGAUUCAUUACACUGUAAUGUAGAAAUAUAUAUUAUAAUAUAAUGUAUAUUUAGGGAUGUUGGUUGAUGUGCAUAUUUUAUUCAGCUAGGUUUGUUUGUUUUUUACUUUUUUUUUUUUUUUACAUUUUGUUCAGUGAUAAAAAUUAUACUUUUCUUUGUUACCUAAAUUAAGGAAAUUGUACAUUAUGUGUAUAUUAUGUAUUGUGGAAUAUUUAUGUUAAAGUUUAAAAAAAAUCAUCAUUGAAAGUAUCUGGUACCAUUCAAAAAAAUCAAAAGAAUGUCUAUAACUGUGUAUUAUUUUUAUUUAAAUGAUUGUAACAAUGUGGUACUCUUUAACCAGAAAAAUCAACCAAUUGGAUAUACUUUGUGAAACCCUCAGUAGUCCUAUUUUCUUAGGUUAGACUUACAACAGUAAAUUUUAAUAAAAUAUAAUAGUUGUAUAGCAAUAGAGGAAAUGUUUUAAAAAAAACAUAAUACAAUCUCAAAUGGGAAGAUAUCUUUUUUUAAAAUUAAUUAAUUUUAAGUUGCUUACUUGCUUGACAAUUGGACCAUAUGAUCUAUUUUUUCCCCCUAAUGAUUUCUAUAUUGUGGGAAAGCAAUUGUUUCAAUUAAGUUUUAGUAAUCUGUCUGCAUGUCGCAGUGUGAAUCUGAACUGAUGCAUGCUUGUGCUGUAAAAACUCAUUAUUUCUUUGUUAGCUGAAAGAGGCAUCAGAAUUUAUAUGUUUGGUAAGCAAAAGUGAAGUGUUGGUAAACAGCUAGAUUGCCGACUUCAUUUUGUUAGCAUGGAAUGGCAACUCAAAAGCAACUUACACAGUGAAAGUAUUCUCAAAUACACCCAUGAAACUGAUUGGAUUAGUCGAUGAAUUACGGUGAAAGUAGACAGUGAUGUAUCUACUUGCUUUUUCAGUUGUUUCAACAAAGACUUGCAGCCAUUUAAAAGUUUGUAAUUGCAAAAAACGUGGCCCAGAUGUGUAAAAGCUAAAAAAAAAAAAAUCAUGUUUCAGUGUUGUUGUUUUUCCUGUUCUACAAUUUAAAGCCAUAAUGCAUUAACUUUGUUCUUUGCUGCGAUUUUCAUGAAGUGUUGAUUAAAAAAAAAAAAGAAGUAGGGACUAUAUAUAAUAUUUAGGACUGCAUUCGAGGUGAGCUAGGAUUUUUCCACUCUCUUUAAAUCAUUACUGCUGAAACUCCUGUGGAAAUUGUGAUGCUGCAUGAAUGAAGAGACAAAAAAAAAUUUUUUGACUCCGUGUUUAUGGUAGUUUUUCUCAGGUUUCGUUUUAAAUGGAUGUUAAAUGCACUGUUUUAUAAUGUUAUUAAAUUUUAAUAAUAUAUUCACUUCUAUGCAGUGUUACAUGUCAUUGGCAUUUCGUGAAUGUGCAUGUUCUGAACUGCAAAUUUUAAUUGUUUUGUCUUCUAAUUGUUAAAUAAAAUAAAA